AUGUCCAAGGACAUCUAUGAUGACGUGGGCAGCUUUCAGCUUUCUCAGAUGGAUACUGGAGAACGAGUGGAGAGGAUGGUAGAUAUUUAUGAAAGUGUGGAUGCUGUUAGAACUCAGACAACCGGCACAGACCCUGAAACACGAGCGCAUCAACCAGAUGUUCAUGUGAAAGAGGAGAAACAAACCAUCGAUUCUUUGAAAGCAAACAGCACUGCAGAAAAGCAGAACUUUUUGUCCAGUGACCAAAACCUGACUGAAGAGAGAAAACAGCUGGAGAGACGAUAUCAGAUUCUGAAGGAGGAGAAAGUCGAGAUAAUCAACAACUUUAAAAACCUGACUGAGAGAAACACAAAGUUACUGAGGACGUAUGAAGAUGUGUUGAAGAAGUUUGGUUGGAAGGAAUUUGGAACGAGUUAUUACUACAUCUCUACUGUGGUAAAGACCUGGGCUGAGAGCAGACAGUACUGCAGAGAGAGAGGAGCAGAUCUGGUGAUCAUCAACAGCAGAGAGGAACAGGAAUUUAUGAAGAAUUUAAAUAUUGACACCUGGAUCGGUCUAAGUGAUAAACUAUCAGAGGGGGGGUGGAAGUGGGUGGAUGGAUCAGCACUAACCACAGAGUUCUGGAUGAACGGUGAACCUAAUAAUGCCGGAAAUGAGGAUUGUGCUGUUUUAAAUGUCCUGUCUGGAGCGCCGAACAACUGGAACGAUGUUUCCUGCUCCAGCAGAAAUAAACUGAUCUGUGAAAUUCCACUGAAGUUGACUUGGAGAAUUCUGCGUAGUGUUGAAGGUUCAGUACAAACAGAGAGAAUCACAUUGAGAAUGUCAAACAUAAACUAUGAUAAUCUGGGCAUCAGUGAAAUGGACGUGGAAAAGAGGACAAUAAUAAAUGAAGCUAUUUAUAAUGAUGAAGACAUUUACAGAGGCCAAAAUACUGAAACAAAGAAGAAUUCAGGAUCCAGACGUUCCAGACUGGUAGCAGUGAGUUUGGGGCUGCUGUGUUUUUUCCUGCUGGUUACCAACAUAGUGCUGCUCAUCAGCUAUGUUCAUGUCAAAGAGGAUAAAGAUGGUCUGUCCCAAACUGUUGAUUUGUGGAACGCAUCCCUCACUUUAGAGAGAGAGAACCUCAAGUCCACUAUCCAAAACCUGAAUGAAGACAGACAGCAGCAAGAUAGACGUUACCAGAUCCUAAACGAAGAGAAAGAUGAGAUAAACAACAAGCUGAAACAGCUGACUGAGAGAAAAACACCAACAUGUGACGUGGUUAAUUCAGAAGAAUGGAGGAAAUUUGGAACGAGUUGUUACUACAUCUCUACUCGGUUAAAGAACUGGGCUGAGAGCAGACAGUACUGCAGAGAGAGAGGAGCAGAUCUGGUGAUCAUCAACAGCAGAGAGGAACAGGAAUUCAUAAAGAAUUUCAAAAUAGACGCCUGGAUCGGUCUAAGUGAUGAAGAAUCAGAGGGGGGGUGGAAGUGGGUGGAUGGAUCAGCACUAACCUCAGAGUACUGGGGUCCAGGUGAACCUAAUGACUAUGGGAAUAAGGAGGACUGUGCUGCUUCAGCUCACUGGAUUACCGAAUUCAACAACUGGAAUGAUGCUCCCUGCUUUCACAAUAAAGGAUGGAUCUGUGAACUCACACUGAUGAGCAUUUAAACCUAUAAUUUAGUACAAUAUCUUACUGUCAUUUGUAUGUUUGUUCUUCUUUAUUCCAUGUUUUCCGUUUGUAUUGUUUUCAGUUUGUAUUGUUUUCAGAAGCUAAAUGCUUUUAUUACACAGUAAUUGUUGUAUUGCACUAUGAUUAAUGUAAAUGCAGAAGGUAGAUUUGCUUGUAUAUCUUGUUUAGUUUGAUGAGUGGAUGUGUGUUUGGAUCUGAAAGUUUUCAUGUGAUACUUUAGUUACUCUGACAUUUAUUUAGACUUAACCUUUAAGUGAAUUAAUAUUAAAAUAAAAUAAUAAAAUAA